GCAGGCGCGGCACUGGGAUUUCAUUUGCGAUAAGUUAAUAUUUACGGUUGUUGUUCAGUAUGUAAACGUGCCAGGGUUCGAAGUCCUCCUUCCGCGUCUCUGGCGGUUACUUAUCAAGUCAAGACCGACAGCCUGUUGCUCAGGUGGGAAAAAAAGGUCACUUUGUCAAAAGUUCGCAGCCCCUCAGCUGCAGAGCAAACCGACGGGACGUCCCUUCCGUGUAGCGGCCUACGUAGAAGAGGGCUCCGAGUUUCUUUUCCGCGGACAGACAUAUGAGCACAGCCACGCAGGGUAGACGCUUUCGUGCCUUGAAAGUGCUGUUUCCUCUACGUGCUGUCAGCGCGCUGCUUUAUGUAGACGCGAGCUGAAGUGUUUCCCUCGAGCUUGUCUGCUUUAGAAGAAACUAUUUAAUAAUGAAUGAGCGGGAUCGGUUUGAUAAUGCGGACCCUUGUGCGUGCCCGAGUAGUGCUGAGCUCAGUAAGGCUGUGUCGGUGUCCUUGGGUUUGGAUACACUCUCCUCUCCUCUCAAUAACACGAACCAGAGCUCCAGCAGCGCCUUUGCAGACUUCGAGCUCGUUGUGGGCAGUAGUUCCAGAGGAGUGCCGGAGUUAAGGGCGGCUCGGAACAUGAACCAAGAAGGCAACAGGCUCCUGCUGGAUGACACUAACCUUAUAGAGGACGGGGAUGAUUUAAAGCAGGUGAGCUGCAUGGAGCUGCUCAGGUCGGGCGAAGUGGACAGCGCGCAAAGCGUGACGCGUGGUCCGGUGAUCUCCAGAUACGUUUGCAAGGAAUCAAACUUGUACAUGAACGCGGUGAGUGAGCUGCCUGCGCCCUCUCACGUGGAGGCUCCUUUGCCUUUGGAGCCGUACCCUGCUUACUCUGCCAAUCCAGACAACUACAGAGAGAUCCCGGGUGUGUGGUGCGCAUACAGCGGACGAUCCGAGCCAGAGAGAGGGGCAUCUGAUGGACAUAAUUCGCUGUGUAAAUAUUGUAAUGGUGGGCAAGCCUCUUUUGGAUCCAGACAGGAAUGCCGCUGUGUUUGGUCUAACAAGGGUGAGCAGGUUGGCAAAGGUGGCACGCGAGGAGCUGUGGCACAAGCGUACAGUCAAGUGGAAAGUUACCAAAGUGCUAUUCCGCAAGGCCAUGCCAACUUUAACGCGGUUAAGACCGAGCCGUCGGUGUGGAUGAACUGCACAGAUCGUAGUUUCAGGCAUGAGGACUUGUUUCCAGGUGUGUACCUUUCAGACCGGAGAGUGUGUCAGGUGUGCGGGGACGAUGCCUCAGGUUGUCACUACGGAGCAGUCACCUGUGGCAGCUGCAAAGUGUUCUUCAAGAGGGCUGCUGCAGGUAAGCAGAACCACCUGUGUGCCAGCCGGAACGACUGCACCAUUGACAAGCUCCGCCGGAAAAACUGUGCCUCGUGCCGCUUAAGGAGAUGCUUCAUGUCUGGGAUGAGUCUCAAAGGUCGCAGGCUAAAGGGAGCCGGACAAAGUAGGAAUGGAGAGGAGGAGCACGCUUCCUGGGGUCCUGGAGACCAUGGAGAACGGGCUGGAAGAAAAGAUGUCAACUUGGAGCCAGGAAUUUCAGCAGCUCGGGCUCAAUCAUCCCAGGCUUUGGCUCUGGGCAUCCCUCCUACUCUGCGCUCCUGCCUCUCCCUGCUCAGCAUCUUGCAGACCAUUGAGCCAGCUGUGGUGAAUGCUGGACACGACCAUGGUCAGCCAGACAGUGCCGCAUCCUUGCUCACAAGCCUCAAUGAGCUGGGGGAAAGACAGCUAGUAACUGUGGUACGCUGGGCCAAGGCAAUACCAGGUUUCCGCGACCUGCACGUGGAUGACCAGAUGUCACUGAUUCAGCUGUCAUGGAUGGGGGUGAUGGUGUUCGCUUUAGGUUGGAGGUCCUACACACUUACUAACAGCUCCAUGCUCUACUUUGCUCCAGACCUGGUCUUCAAUGACCAGCGGAUGCAAGUGUCCAGUAUGUAUGAACACUGUGUGCGGAUGAAGCUGCUCUCCCAGAGGUUUUGCAUGCUGAAGGUCACCCAGGAGGAGUUCCUCUGCAUGAAGGUCCUGGUCCUCUUCAGCAUCAUGCCAGUGGAGGGCCUGAAGAGCCAGCGUUGUUUUGAUGAACUGCGGACCUCCUACAUCAAGGAGCUGGACCGCUUGGCCAGCAACCGCGGAGAGACCACCCGUACACAGAGGCUGUUUCAGCUCACACAGCUGCUGGAUUACCUCCAGUCGAUUGUGAGGAAGUUGCACCAGUUCACCUAUGAUCUGUUCAUCCAAGCCCAGUCCCUGCAGACCCGUGUCAACUUCCCAGAGAUGAUCUCGGAGAUUGUGAGCGUACACGUGCCCAAGAUCCUCUCGGGCAUGGUCAGGCCCAUCCUUUUCCACAAUACAGCCUAGAGCAGGGUCUCUGUAAUUGUUCUUUAUGUCGCAUAAGCUCCUGUGCCCGAUCCUUUGGCCGUUUCCUGUUAAGCUAAAAUGGCCGGGAAGGCUUUAUGCUCUUAUGAGGUGAAUGAAGUAAAAGCCCCUCUUUACCUACAGGGUAAUGCGGGGCACAGUGAGAGGAAAUUAUCAGUGAGGCAUACAGCACAUUCUUCCAGUCCCUUGUAAUCUAAUUGCAUCUAAUCUGUUCUUUGUUAUACCUGUAAUCCGUAUCAUGCACAUAGAAUGCUUCUGGAGCUGAUUAAAGCAUGCACAUGAGCCAUUGACAGCCUACCACCUGGCAUGUAGACCUCCUCAUUUUGUUAACAGAGGAAAAAACAUUACGAAAAAAACACAUUUGCAGAGUUCUCACCAUAGCUUGUGUGUGUGCAGUAGUUUGAUGUUUGGAAUACUUUUCUCCACAAUGAAUGUAAUUGUGUGUGCCCAAGAUGAGCAGACUUGUUGAUUGACAGUUAAUAUACAGUUAUGGCAUGCAUGCUAAGAAGCUGUCUUGCCUGAGGGUGACUGAACUGAUUUGUGAAAGCUGUUAUCCGUUAAAAAUUAUAGUAAAAAGGCACUUGGAUGGCUUCAGAUGAAAAUUUAAAAUGUAUAUUUAUGAAUAUUGUGAUGUUUAGAGAGCACACACACAAAAAAAGAAGAAACUGUUUGGGCAAAACAAAAAAAUACAAUCUGGGCUGACUUUUUUUUUAAGUGUUUUUGUUUUUGAGUGUCAAACCUUAUACUUAAGUAAUUUUCCUGAGCUGACAUUUCAUAAGGUGUAACUUUUUCUACUGUUUCUAAAAGUGUUCUUUGCAAGUGCUUUGUUGCGUAUCCACGUGUUUCAUUGUGGCUUUUUGACAGUUUUGCUAAAUGUUAAAGGUCCAGCCAAGUUCUGCUAAUUUGUUUCAACAUUGUCGGUUAACAUGCAAUUAAAGUGAAGCAUGAGUGUGUA